AGUCUCUUUUGUUGUAUUGUGAAUAUCUCAUCCUUGCCGCAGCUGCUCGCACACGCAGUCAAUGUGACCGGCCGAUGCAAUGCAAAGACCUCUAUGUAUUUUUAAAGGGAAAUACACCUCCGAUAACCACAGGGCAGGCUAUUCCCUGUUAGAGAUGCACUGAUAAGCCGUUGGCUGAAGACUUGUGCACAGGGAACACAGAUGCUCUAUAUGUAUUAGACGGACACACACACACUCACUGUAAGAUGCCAGCUCAUCUGAGCCUGGCAGAGCAGGAACGGGAGUGGAGGAAGACGGGCAGGACGGCAGAGCCAGGUCUCGCUGCGAUUUCGGAGAAGGGACGGAUGAAGAUGUGCGACACUGCGAGGAAGCAGAGAGAUUCCAGAUCUGACGUGAAACCCACACCCCUGGAGCAAACAAGAAAAGCAUGUGCUCCACUUAACACUAAAUCAGCACAGAUUAAUAUCAACAAACGAAAUGGAAAUAACACAGAGUCAAAUGCGCUUAAAGUGGACGAGAGACUGCGACUGGCCCGGGAACGGAGAGAGGCGUACCAAAAACAGCUGGCGCUGCGCGAGCGCGGUUGGCUGGCGAGGGAAGAGCGGGCCAAGCAGUUCUAUGAGAAACACCUUGAGGAGCGACGAAAGAAGUUGGAGGAGCAACGAUGGAGAGAGGAAAAGAGGAGGAUGGCGGUCGAAGAGAAACGCAAACAGAAACUCAAAGAAGAAAGAGAGCGUUAUGAGUCUGUGGUAAAGAAGACCAUGGAGAAAAGUCAGAAGGCCAAACAGAAACCUGGCCACUGCUCACGAAGGAUCACCAAGAACGAAAACAAUAAUGCUAAACGCCGCUCUCUUAGUCAAUGGGAGAUCGACCUUGUCCGUCGGCUUCAGACUCCUACCGUCUCUUAUCUAGCCAGAAGCAGGAGCGCUGUGUGUCUGUCACGAGACACAGUUGUUCAUAUUUGUCGUCGUUCAGCCUCAUGUCAUACCAUGAACUCCAGCACCACACGAAAGCCCCAGGUGCUUGGUGGGAAAGUACCAAACAGGCCUGCAAGUGCAAGUCCAAAUGUUACCAUUCGCAGAACCACCAACAGAGAGCUGGUGGCAAAAGGCGAUUCAGAGGGACAGGACUUGAAAAAGCUGCAACUACAAAUAACAACAACAACAACAAACGAAAUCAAGCCCAAACAUGACACAAUCCCACCAGAGAAUACUGUCCUCCCAACAUCAUGGCUGCAGAACAGAUCACAUGUCAGACAAGCCACACUUAAACAAGACAGUCUGCCUCCGCUGCCAGAGGAGGAGGAUCUAGAAUCUGAGGAAACACUUGCUCAAUGUCUGCAAGAUAACCAACUUCAGUCGAAUCCAGCUACUAAUGGGCCUCCGAAUCCACGAGCAGGGUCUCAGAUUCCUAAUGGACCAAGUCAGAUUAGUAACGCAUCUCAAGUCAGACCUACUGCUUGGACAACAGACCCCGAAGAGGCCACUCGCCUGCUGACUGAGAAAAGGAGACAAGCCCGACUCCAGAGAGAGAAGGAAGAAGAAGAAUACAGACUGAAGGAGGAGUUAGAGAGAAAGAGCAGACAGGAACUGGUUCGUCGAAGAGCUGAAGAACGAGCCAGACAGGAGGCAGAGGCCCUGAGACUGGAGGAGGAGAAAAGGAAGAGAGAGGAAGAAGAGCGACUUAAGGCUGAAGAGGAGAACGCUCGCAGACAGAAAGAGGAGGAAAACAGGCUUCAACAGCAGAAAGAGCAAGAGGCUCGUCAGAGGGUGCUGGCAGAGCAGCAGAGACUGGAAAGAGAGAGUCGUUUCCAGAAAGAGGAGGCCGAACGCCAAGAAAGGAAAAAGCGCCUGGAAGAAAUCAUGAAAAGAACAAGAAAGCCUGACUCUGAUAACAAGAAAACUGCAUUAGCGAAGGACAACUUGCCUUGUGAGAACGUGAAGCCUGUAAUCAGGCUACCAGGUCCAGGAACACCAAAGCUGGAGCUGAGGGACGAGGAGGAUAUGCUUCCUACUGUGGCCUUCAAGGAGCGACGGUCCUUCCGCACACUUUCUGGCCUGGACGAGAUACAAGCCCAUCAGCAAACCGAGGUUAUUUAACCCACGGACCUGUCAUACGAUGCCAAGACCGUCAGAGCAACUUCAGCAAGCUUGUCUUUCUGAAAAACACAAAAACAACAUAUGCACUUGAUUUCCCUGCACUUUAAUGAAUCUGUAGUUUAAUAGUCACACUUCCUUCUACACAUUACAGUUCUCUACUGCCCAACUAAAAUACCUGAAUUACUGCUUGAUUUGCUAGAGUGACGUCAUGCAUCGCUCCGUAGUCAGAUAACCUUGGGUAUGUGGUAAGAUUCACAUAAUAAUAAUUGUAAUAAUAAUAAUACUUGAAUAAUACUUAAAGGGGUCAUCGGAGGCAAAGUUCACUUUUACAUGUUGUUUGAACAUUAAUGUGAGUUGGCACACAUCUACCCUAUAAUGAUAAAAAUCCAUGCAGUGGUUUUUAAUUAAUCCUUAAAAAUAAUAUGCCCUUUUUCAAAUCGAGUCAUUCUCAGAUGCCUGUCGGUGUGGCGUCACACCAACAGAGGCCACUCCCACGAUAGUUGAUUGACAUGAGCGUCUUACCUCAGACCCGCCUUACAUCAGCUGUAGCGGUCCGACAUCCAUUGUUUUGAUGCCGGAGCAGGGAUGUAAGUUAGACAAGAAUAUCUCCGAUUGAGUGAUUGAGGUGUUGUGUUGCUGGAUGUAAUAAUGAACGUAGUGGCCGUCAUUUACUCCCGAAAUCUGAGCUGCUGAAGAUGCAGUGGAUUAUGUUUGUUUGUGAAGGGAAUGCACCUCCUGAUCUACAUAAAUGCGCCUAUGUUCGCGCAAAUCAUUCGUGAUCCAGCUUCACUUAGAGCAGAAGUGAGUUUAAGGUUUUUUUUUAUGAAUCUCUGCAAUCUGCUUUCCUAAUAACGUGCUAGUUAGCAAGUUUCACGGCUAAACGCUAAAUGCAGCUAAAGUAAACAGGCUCGUCACUCCACAGAGAGAAGAAAGGGGCGGGGCAAGCAGAACUCAUUUGCAUUUAAAGGAGCAAUCCAUCAGAAUGGGUUGAUUUUUGCAGACGUCAUUUUGACAAGGUAAAAAUGGUGUUGUUUUACACUACCAUUGAGAAUUUUUAACCAAAGUAUAUUAUAAGCUUUUCAUUAAGACCCAAAGGAAUAAUAUCAACUUGUGGAACUAGGCAUCCGAUGACCCCUUUAAUGACUUAAAGAUAGACUACCCACCAAAUAAAACUUGAACGCUUCAUUUCUAAGCUUUAAUUUCAUCAUGUUUUGUAUUUAAGCCUUUAUGUUUAUGGUGUUAUGAAGAGAAAUGCUUUGAACAGUGAUGUAAUAGUCUUAUGGAUUUAUUAGGCUUUUUCAUAAAUAUACACAUGUAAACAGUAAUUCACCUGCACAAAUGCAUACUAUACAUUAUAGUUUAAAAGUUUAGGGUUGGUACGAUUUUUUUGUGUUUUUACUAAUUAACACUUUUAUUCAGCAAGAAUGCAUUACAAUGAUCGAAAGAGACAGCAGAGACUUAGGAUGGUUACAAAAAAGAUUUAAAAUAAAUGCUGUUCUUUUGAAUUUUCUAAUCAAAGGAUCCUAAAAAAAAUGUACUACAGUUGUCACAAAAAUAUAAGCAGUACAACUAUUUCCAAAAUUUAUAAUAAGACUAUUUUUUAAAAAUUAAACUAUUUUAAAUUGUAAUAAUUUCACUAUAUCAUUUUAUAUCAAAUAGAUGCAGCCUUAAUGAGCAUAAGAAAAAAAAAAUCUUACAAACCCUAAACUUUUGAAUGAUAAUAUCUGUGUAUUUAUUUAUAACCACAUAUCUGUGAUAGAAACCAUCCAUAUAAUGAAGAAUUUCUCUUUGCAAUGCCACCGUUUUGAUUCAUGAGGGUACACAUGUACACAGAGGUAAUUUUCCAUCUGUCCUUAUUGCUUACAAGUGCUUUUGCAACACAGUAUUAAACCAGACAGUUGAGCUCAUGAAUUUCCACAGCUUCUGUAGCUGGUUUUGCACUGCUGCUAUUUAGCUGUUCCAAAUAAAAACACCCACCCCUUUUCAUAAAUGAAAAUUUAUGAUUAUUACGUGCUCGUCUGCCUUAUAAACAUUACUAUAGUGUGCCGGUACCCUGCUGACUUUGUGCAAUGAUAGAGGCUUAUGCAAAUAUGGUGUAAAGAUGUAAACAGUUCAAUUCAUUUUUUAUUGGUGUAAGUAAAUAAGCUUCAAAAAACA